UUAUAACAAAAUAUACGAACAGAAUGUUUUUAUACGUGAAUCUGUGUAGGCCUUUGUUCAAAAUUAUGGAGGGCACGUCUUGUUAAAAGCGAACAAGACGUGAACAUAGAAACAAACAUGGAAGGGAAAAGAAAAGAAAACAAUCAUUGCAGAUUUGCUUUCAUUUGUCAACAUUUCCUUUUCUCUUCCACAUAUAAAAUCAAUCAAUUAAUUACACUUCAAUUUUGUGUCAAUUGAGAUUUGAUUAUAUGAAUGUUUUGUAUCCGUCAAAGAUUCUUCAUAAUUGAAUUAAAAAAGAAAAAAAAUAUGUCUGACUGCCAAUCUAUUCAACCCUCUUUGUUUUUCUUUCUGAUCAUCAAUGUUGUCAUGUCACUCCUCUUCAAUCAUCAUUAAUGCUGAUACAUGUAUCUUUUUGUUUGGAGACAGUUUUCACCUGUGUAUUGGAGGUAAUCUAUUUUUUUUCUUUUUUGGUCUUUUUUCCAAUUGAGGUUACACCUCUAUAUCAAAUUCCAUGAAUCAAAGUUAUAGUUAUAUGUAGAGUGCCAUCUGAUUUUUUCUCUUCCUGUUUUAUUUUUGUUGCUGAGUAAUGUGGGUUCUUGAAUAAUGAAAUCUUUGAUUACCUUUCUUCCAUGAGUUUGGUGAUCUUUAGCCAUUCAAUUCAGUGUUGAACAUGUUUAAAAUAUAGUUCUUUAUUUCAUUAUUUUGAUUAUUCUUCAAAGUUUAUUUCUGUAGCAUCAUUAUUGUUAUUUAAUUUGUUUUCUCUGGUCGAGUAAUUAGCAUUUAUCUUCCUUUCUUUUCCGUUUUUCACUUUUUGGGACUAAAUCAAGGUUGUGAAGCAUUGAUUUUAGACUACCCUUAGAUUAGCUUAUUGGGGUGACAGCCAUGGGGAAGCCCACUGGGAAGAAGAAAAGUCAUGUAAAAACAAAAUCCAAUGCUGGAAAUGUGAAGCAUGGCAAAACUAUUCCAGAGCAUAAAUCCAAAGCAUUUGAUGAGGACACAGCUGUGUUCAUCAAGAUGUCUAAAGAAUUGAAGGAAGAAGGCAACAGGCUCUUUCAGCAGCGCGAUCAUGAGGGCGCUAUGUUAAAAUAUGAGAAGGCACUCAAAUUGCUUCCUAGGAACCAUAUUGAUGUUGCCUAUUUGCAUAGCAACAUCGCUACUUGCUAUAUGCAAAUGGGGAUUAGCGAGUUUCCAAGAGCUAUAAAUGAAUGUAACUUAGCACUUGAAGUUGCUCCCAAGUAUACCAAAGCUUUGUUGAAGAGAGCAAAGUGUUAUGAUUCAUUGAAUAGGCUUGAUUUAGCUUUAAGGGAUGUGAACCAUGUUUUGAGUAUUGAACCUAAUAAUUUAACAGCUUUGGAGAUUGCUGAUAAAGUUAAAAAGGAAAUACAAGAAAUACUUGAUGUCGAAGAAAAAAAAGUAGUCUCACCCAUUCCACUAUCUACCAAUGUUGUGAAGGAUAACAUGAAAAAGAAGAACAACAAAUUUGAUAGAAAGAGAAUUGUUGAGAUUAAGGAAACCAUGAAUGAUGGAGUCGAAGAAAAGAAGGCUGAGGACAAGGUGGUUGUGGAGGAGAAGAGACGCGUUGUGGAAGAAAAACCAGUGACAAGAACAGUGAAGUUGGUUCUUGGGGAGGAUAUAAGAUGGGCACUGUUACCAAUUAGUUGCAGUUUUCGAGUUGUGAGAGACAUAGUUCUAGAUCGUUAUCCAAAUUUGAAGGGUGCUUUUAUCAAGUAUAAGGAUCAAGAAGGUGACUUGGUUACCAUCACAACUACUGAUGAGCUCAGGUUGGCUGAAUCAUCUGUUGAUCCUCAAGGUUCUUUGAGACUCUACAUUAAAGAAGUUAGUCCAGGUGAAGAACCUACGUAUGAGGCUAUGAGAGUUGAAGAAGAUGUGAAUUCUAGCAUUUGCAAAUCAACUAUAGUAAAAAAGGAUGGGCUUGUUGAACUGAAUAAAGGACCAACUUUCCCUGAGAACUGGUUUGUCCAAUUUGCAAGGCUAUUCAAGAACCAUGUUGGAAUUGAUUGUGACUCGUAUCUGGAUCUUCACGAGACGGGAAUGAAAUUAUAUUCAGAAGCUAUGAAGGAAACUGUUACAAAUGAAGAAGCAGAAGAGCUUUUUGACAUUGCUUCAGCUCAGUUCCAAGAGAUGGCAGCUUUGUCUUUGUUUAACUGGGGAAAUGUACACAUGUCUAGAGCAAGAAAGGAAGUAUUUUUCACAGGAGAGGGGGGUUAUGGGGAGACGGUGUUGGAGCAGGUUAAAUCUGCAUAUGAAUGGGCAGAAAAAGAAUAUGAAACUGCAGAAAUGAGGUAUGAAGAAGCUCUUAGAGUCAAGCCAGAUUUCUACGAAAGUCUUCUUGCACUCAGUCAGCAGCAGUUUGAACAAGCAAAACUCUCAUGGUACUAUUUGAUUGGGAGUAAAGUUGAGUUAGAGGCAGGGACAUGUUCAGAGAUCUUGGAGCUAUAUAACAAGGCUGAGGAAAGCAUCGAAAGAGGGAUGGAAAUGUGGGAAGAGAUGGAAGAACAGCGUCUAAAUGGACUCUCGAAAUAUGAGGAAUAUAAAGCUCAGUUGCAUAAAAGGGGGUUGGAUGGUAUGCUUAAAGAUAAACCAGAUGAAGGAGCUAAAGAGCAGGCUGAAAACAUGAGGUCUCAGAUUUACCUGUUAUGGGGAACCAUGCUCUACGAACGUUCCGUAGUGGAAUUUAAGAUAGGAUUACCAACCUGGGAAGAAUGUUUAGAUGUUGCAGUUGAAAAGUUUGAACUAGCUGGAGCAUCUCAAACUGAUAUUGCAGUCAUGAUAAAGAACCACUGUUCCAAUGAAACUGCUAUGGAAGGGUUCAAAGUUGAUGAGAUUGUACAGGCAUGGAGCGAGGUGUAUGAUACAAACAGGUGGCAGACCGGGGUGCCAGCUUUCAGGCUAGAACCAUUGUUCCGUCGUCGGGUUUCAAGUCUUCAUUCUAUACUGGAAAAUAUUUGAAUUCCAAAGCUAAUGAUACACUAAAGCAAAGACUAUUGGUAUCGCCCCGACAAGUUUUUGUGGUGAUAUACUUCUCAAGUCAACAUAUCCUUUCUUGUGAAUUAUUGUCUUCCUGAUCUGCUAUUUGCUUUGGAAGCAAAAGCAAAUAGCUCUUACAUCACUGAGUUUCGACUUUUGAAGACAUUGUUUUGUUCUUAUGUGAAGAUUUAUGUACCAUCAUUGGCUUUUACGGUCUUUUGUUAUUUUCGGUUAGACGACCCAUGCAACUUAGUUGCAUUCAAUUUUCCACACAGCUGGUAAACUAUAACAUU